AUGUCAGAGGAAGUCUCUACCUGGGAGUCGCUAAAACGUGUAAGGGAUGAUGACGAAGAUAUGGAGUUUAUUGUCGUAGUUAUAGGUACAUGGCGAUAUGAUGAUGAACAACAUGGUGUAUAUCAAGGAGGAAGAAUGGGGUUGCAUUUGCUCAUUUAUGUAGCAGUGAUAGUUGCAUUGUUUCUUCAUAUUCUUGCCCAAGAUUUGAAAAAUAGAACAAUUCAAGCUAUCUUUGCCCGUUCUGCAGAGACCAUGAGUCGUCAAUUCCAUAUAGUCCUCCAAUCUAUUUUGAAGAUUGGAAAGCAUUACAUCAAGCAAGUUGACCAAACCACUAGUUUUGCCGAGGAUAACAAGUGGAAAUGGUUUGAGGGUGUUGUUGGAGCUCUUGAUGGAACACACAUUAAGAUGACCGUCCCUAUUGAGGAUCGUCCUCGCUAUCGAGAUAGGAAAGGUGACCUUAGUACUAAUGUCUUAGCGGCUUGUGAUUCUGAUCUUCGUUUCACAUAUGUCUUACCUGGUUGGGAAGGGUCCGUAUCAGAUCCUCGUGUGCUUCAUGAUGCAUUAAGGAGGCCUAAUGGGCUUAAAAUACCAAGAAACAAAUACUUUCUUGUGGAUUUGGGCUUUUCAAACUGUGAGGGAUUUUUAGCUCCUUACAAAGGAACUCUUUAUCAUUUAAAUUUGUGGCGGGGAAACACUCCAACAAAUUAUAUGGAACUUUUGAAUUUACGACAUUCCUCUGCCCGAAACACUAUUGAGAGGGCUUUUGGGUUGUUGAAGAAACGUUAG